AUGUCUGUGGAGGAACAGUUUGCCAAAUUAUGCUUGGAAUCUGCGGCUGCUGAAGGUGCUACUCCAGUGAAGUCUUUGGUUUUCAAGCCAAAGACUGCCAAGAGCGCCACGCCUGUCCCAAUUGUUGUAGUUGCCUUGCAAACUACGGCGACUCCAUCGCCACUGAUUGCCCAGGCGACCAAGACCAAGGACCCACGGUUAGCCCGUGACGAUCUGUUCAAGUCUGCUUUCAACUGUGAGACUGCUAAGUCGUUCACAGUGGCUUACUUGAACGGAGUCGCCGCGUCCUCCUUCCAAUUGCUGAUUGACAGCCAAUUGGAAAGUGUUGCCGAUGAUGCAGUUUUGCAAUUGAACGAGACACUUUGCAUCAAAAAGGGAGAAUUGACCAAAUUUUUGGCCCAGUUUGAGCCAGUCACGGCUGAUUUCACCCAAGAAGUGAAGAAACCGGAACAACAACAAAAGAAAAAGCCUGCUCAACAGCAAACAAAUAACGCAAGCUUGGAGGAUGCCAAACUGAUUGGUAUCACUGUGGACAAGACGAAGGACUUUCCAGGAUGGUACCAACAAGUUCUGACCAAAGGUGAGAUGCUGGAUUACUAUGAUGUCUCUGGUUGUUACAUCUUGAGACCACCUUCUUAUGCCAUUUGGGAAAACAUUCAACGUUGGUUCGAUGAUAAAAUCAAGGGGCUAGGCGUGCAAAACGCUUACUUCCCCAUGUUUGUGUCAUCGCGUGUCCUUGAAAAGGAAAAGGACCAUGUGGAAGGUUUUGCUCCAGAAGUCGCCUGGGUCACCAGAGCAGGAUCCUCUGAAUUGGAAGAACCAAUUGCAAUCAGACCAACGUCUGAAACCGUCAUGUACCCAUACUAUGCCAAAUGGAUCCAGUCGUACAGAGACUUGCCUUUGAAACUGAACCAAUGGAACUCCGUCGUCAGAUGGGAGUUCAAGCACCCUCAACCAUUUUUGAGAACUAGAGAAUUUUUGUGGCAAGAAGGUCACACUGUUUUCCUGACCAAAGAGGAAGCAGAAGAAGAAGUCUUGCAAAUCCUAGAUUUUUACUCCGGUGUCUACGAGGAACUACUGGCUGUCCCAGUCAUUAAAGGUAGAAAAACCGAAAAGGAGAAAUUUGCGGGUGGUGACUUCACCACUACUUGUGAAGGUUACAUUCCCCAAACUGGUCGUGGUAUCCAAGGUGCGACCUCUCAUCACUUGGGUCAAAACUUUUCCAAGAUGUUUAACUUGACUGUCGAAAACCCUCAAGGUCCACAGUAUCCAAAGGUCUUUGCGUGGCAAAACUCCUGGGGGCUUUCCACUCGUGUUAUCGGUGUCAUGGUCAUGAUUCACUCCGAUAACAAGGGUCUAGUCAUCCCACCAAGGGUUUCUCAAACGCAAGCGGUUGUCAUCCCAGUUGGUAUAACCAAGAAGACUUCCGAUGAACAACGUAAAAUCAUCCAUGAGUCCGCCAGAGACAUUGAAUCUCGUUUGAAGAAGAUUGGUGUUAGAGCGUUUGGUGACUACAAUGACAACUACACUCCUGGGUGGAAGUUCUCCCAGUAUGAACUAAAGGGUGUUCCAAUUAGACUGGAGCUCGGUCCAAGGGAUAUUGAGCAAAACCAUGUUACUGUUGUCAGAAGGUCUGACUCGCAAAAGUACAACGUUAAAUUGGAUGAACUCGAAACCCGCAUUCCAGAGAUUUUGGAAGAAAUGCAAAAGGACUUGUUUGAAAAGGCCAAAGAGAAAUUUGAUACUCACAGAGUUAUUGUCAACGAGUGGAAGGACUUUGUUCCAAACCUAAAUAAGAAAAACAUUCUUCUUUCUCCAUGGUGUGGUGUGAUGGAAUGUGAGGAAGAUAUCAAAGAAUCCUCUGCCAAGAAGGACGACGGGGAAGAACUUGAAGUUGAUGAGAAGUCCCCAAGUAUGGGUGCGAAAUCUUUGUGUAUCCCAUUCGCUCAACCAGAGUUGAAGAAAGAUCAGAAAUGUAUCAAAUGUGACCGUCCUGCCAUUCAGUACUGUAUGUUUGGUCGCUCCUACUAA